AUGGAUAACAAAACCCCAGUCACUUUAGCCAAGGUCAUCAAAGUUUUAGGAAGAACCGGUUCUCGUGGUGGUGUCACCCAAGUCCGUGUCGAAUUUUUGGAAGAUACUUCCAGAACUAUCGUCAGAAACGUGAAGGGUCCCGUUAGAGAAAACGAUAUCUUGGUUCUAAUGGAAUCUGAACGUGAAGCUCGUCGUUUACGUUAG